AUGAAGAUUAUAAUUAAAGUUAUAAAUUUAAUUAGAGGUGGAAAUAGAUCACUUUCACAUAAAAAAUUUCAAGCAUUUUUACAAGAUGAAAAUUUAUGUUUGUAUAAUGAUGAGAAUUUUAAGGAAAUUAAAUUUUUAAGUGAAUUGGCAUUUUUAGUAGAUAUUACAUGUCAUCUAAAUCAUUUAAAUUCACAAUUACAAGAACAAAAUCAUACCAUUUCUGAUUUGACUGGUUAUAUUAAUGUAUUCCAGAAUAAACUUAAAUUAUUUAUCAUUGAAUUAGAAAUAAAUGAGUUAUAUCAUUUUCCAUCCAGCGAAAAAAUAGCUAAGUGUCAUUCGAAUGUAAAUUUUUUGAUAUUUCAACUGCCACUAGUAGAGAUUCAAAAACAAUUUCACAGAUGUUUUAAAGAUUUCGACUUACUGAAGAAUGAUUUGCAAAUUUUUAAUAAUCCAAAAGGAUAUGUAAUAAAUGAACAAGAAAUUGCAUAUCGGUUAGAAGAAAAAUAUCCAAAACUUAUAGAUUUAGGUUUGAAAAUAUGUUCUAUGUUUGGAUCAACAUAUAAAUUCCAAAAAGAAUCAUUAUGUUCUUUGUUAAGAUUGGCAACAAGUACUAUUUCUAUUGAUAUACCUUCACUAUUUAAUGGAAUGUCCCAUCCACAAUUUUCACAUUAA